CCUAUUAUUUAAAUAAAAUGCUAUUUGACUUAAAGAAGUGCUACACCCCUUUUUACGUUUCUUUGUUCCCUUCAAUUUUGGAUCGUUACAUCCACUCAGAAAAAAUGUCUCGCCCUCACCCUCCCGCCGCCGCCGCCAUGAAACCACCUCCCCCUCCGCAGCAGCCGAGACCAAUUGUUAUGGCUGACCUCAACGUUGACCCGCCGGAAUCAGACGCCUACGCCUUUUCUACCUAUUCUCCUUCUGUUUCCAUUUCAAGGAUAACUGCAGAUGAGAUGAUUCUAGAAAAAUUGACCUUCGCGGGUAAAGAUGUUGAGGCAUUGGAUUUGGAGGCUUCACAAUCGAAAAAAAUUGCGAAAUCCCGUUCGAAAACUUGUAAGGUGGAGUAUCCUCCUGACUGUGGUGGAGUUGAAACAGAUGCUGACCAAAAUGGACAAGGGGUCGCCACUUCUCGUGAGGAAAAAGUUAGCAGCCUUAAAACUGGGUUGGUACAUGUUGCACGGAAGAUGCCAAAGAAUAUGCAUGCUCAUUUUAUACUCGGCUUGAUGUAUCAAAGAAUGGGUCAACCUCAAAAGGCAAUUUUGGCUUAUGAAAAAGCAGCAGAGAUAUUACUUCGCUCUGAAGAAGAAAUCGACAGACCAGAGUUGCUUUCUAUGGUUCAGCUUCACCAUGCACAGUGUAUACUGUUAGAAAGCUCGGAGAAUUGUAGUUUGGAUAAAGAACUCGAAACUCAAGAACUUGAUGAAAUUUGUUCCAAGCUGAAGGAGUCGAUGCAGUUAGAUGUUAGGCAGGCAUCUGUCUGGAACACACUAGGUUUAAUACUUCUUAGAAGUGGUCGCUUGCAGAGUGCUAUAUCUGUAUUUUCUUCUUUGUUGGAAAUUGCCCCCGACAACUUGGACGGCCUGGGAAACCUCGGAAUUGCCUAUCUUCAAGGUGGGCAGUUUGAACUUUCGGAGAAGUGUCUCCAAGAAUUGGUUUUAAAGGAUCAGAAUCACCCUGCCGCUUUAAUCAACUAUUCCGCCCUACUUCUCUGUAGAUAUGGUUCAGUUAUCGCAGGUGCUGGAGCUAACUCUGAUGCUCAGACUUCCGCGGAUCAAUUUGCGUCUGUAAAUGUUGCGAAAGAGUGUUUAUUAGCAGCUGUAAAGGCUGACCCCAGAGCAGCUCAUAUUUGGACAAAUCUGGCAAACGCAUACUAUUUAGUCGGUGAUCAUAGAACUUCCGGAAAAUGUUUAGAAAAGGCUGGAAAACUGGAUCCGAAUUGUUUAGACACACGAUAUGCAGUUGGAGUUCACCGAAUCAGAGAUAAAAAAAGAAGAAAAAGAUUCGCAUUUUCGUUCCUUUCUUUAAUUCGCCUUUUUUGUUUAGGUAUCUCACUGCAGCUUUUAGAGGAGUCUUCACAAGCCGAGAAAGUAUACAAGCACGCCCUAUCAUUAGCUACAGUUGAACAGGCACACGCUAUUUUCACCAACCUUGGUAAUUUCUAUCGGCAGUUGAGAAAAUACGAAACUGCAAAAGCAAUGUUCAGUAAGGCUCUCGAUCUUCAGCCAGGUUACGCCCCCGCGUAUAACAAUCUUGGUCUCGUGUUUGUGGCCGAGGGUCAAUUGGAACAAGCCAAGUUCUGCUUCAACAAGGCGGUUGAAUCAGAUCCGUUUUUGGAUGCUGCUAAAUCGAAUAUACUUAAAGUGGCUACCAUGAGUAAAUCGAAUAGGAAGUUAGCGUAAAUUACUUUUUAAACUUUGUUGAUACUGUUCUGAUUGUCGUACGGGAACUGUGGUUCCUGGUCAAAGUUUGACUUUGAGUUCAAGAAGUGAUCUCGAAGAUGAGGGUCUGUUUUGCAUUGAUAAUAAGGGGAAGGAGCAAUCUUCCAUGUUCGGGAUGGAUCAAGAUCUGAAGCUAUGAGCAUCGUCUUGAGUGGGACCCACACUUAAUGCUCGGGUUUUAUGAUUGGGACCGACCUAAGUUUACGAAGCCCGCCUUUGCAAGUCGACGGCAGAUCGAGAGGAAUGUUUCUUCAUGUCCUGACGCAUUGAAAUUUCGAAGAAUUUCAGACUGAAGUUUGAGGAUUGACAACUGAGCAUUGUAGCAAAUAGGUAGGCAGCUAAAAAUAUAAUUUUGUAUUAAGAUAGCAUUUUGAAGCAAUGUACAGUGAAUCUUCAUUUUUCAGUGUACAACAAUUAUAACGGAAGGUACAAUAAACGAUUUUCAGCAUA